CUGUCUCUCUCUCUCUCCUUCACUGUCUCUCUCUUUCUCUCUCCUUCGCUGUCUCUCUCUCUCUCCUUCGCUGUCUCUAUCUCUCCUUCGCUGUCUCUCUCUCUCUCCUCUGAAACAGUGCUGGUUCUUCUAAGUCUCUAGCAGCCUCGCUGUCUCUGACUGUGGGUCUGACCAUUGCCAGUAACAGAAUAGUGUUUCAAGUUAUUAUUUAUGUUUGCCAGAAUCUUCAUCCCCAAAAAGCACCGGGAGCGCUUCGAUGACGUUGUGUCCCAGAGCCUGAUGGGCCGGCUCAAAGGGCGGAGCUUCAACGACCCCAGCCGCAACCACCUGCGCCGAUGCCGCAGCGAGGACCACCCGGAGCGACUGCUGGUGUCCACCCGGGCCAGCUCUGUCCCCUGAACGCAUGCCGAGGAGGGCGUGAUGCCCCCCAUCCGUGGCCUCAGGAAGACCACCUCACUCAACGCAGGGCACGCUGGCUACGCUGCAGCCCUUCGCAGGACGGUGAGAGUCUGCAAAGGGAACCUAAGUUUUGGAUUCACCCUCAGGGGCCAUGCACCUGUCUGGAUCGACUCAGUCAUCCCAGGGAGUCCAGCAGAUAAGGCGGGGCUCAAACCUGGAGACCGCAUCCUGUUCCUCAAUGGACUUGACAUGCGGAGUUGUUCCCAUGAGAAGGUCGUCUCCAUGCUACAGGGCAGCGGUGCCAUGCCCACCCUGGUCGUGGAGGAAGGACCCCCCACCUUCACGCUACCUGAGCCAGAGCAGCCAGGAGGGCCUGGUAGGGCGUCCCCGGGUGGAGGCGUGCCCCGCUCCCCAGUGCUCAACUCCCUGCAGUGGGUGGCUGAGAUCCUGCCUCCCUCUAUCAGGGUCCAGGGGCGCACCUUCGGGCAGCAGCUGGAGCACCUGCUCACCAUCCAGGAGAGAUACACCAUCUGCAAGGCCCUGGAGAGCUUCUUCCAGCAUAGGAAUGUUGACACUCUGAUUGUGGACGUGUUCCCGGUGUUGGACACGCCAGCCAAGCAGGUGAUCUGGCGGUUUGUCUACCAGCUUCUGACCUACGAAGAGCAGGAGCACUGCCAGAGCAAGAUUUCACGUUUCCUCGGUUACAAGGCUGCAGCGCCAGCCCCCCCACCUGAGCCAGAGCCCGCCCCCGAGCCCCAUCGCCGUAGCAGCUCCAUGAGAGUGACAGGAACCGCCUACAGGGCCAGCAUGCGUGGGCGGAGCUCUGACGACCUCAUCAUCGGCACUCACCUGGGGAUGGGGAUCCGUACUGAUCCAGUGGAGAUGGGGAUGAGGCUGGCUCCAGGAGAGAGACAGUCAGGAGACGGGACGUCCCUCCCAGAGACCCCCAACAACCUCACCAACCUGUCUGCGGUGUAUGCUGAGCUGGAGAACGUGUACUCAGGGAAGAGGUCCAAGUCUCUGAAGGCUCGCGCUCCUCCUCCGGCGGACAGUCUGGUAGAGCUGGAGGUCCUCGAACAUGCAGGCUCUCCGUCCAUGCACGCUAACACAGGUAGCCGUAAGGGCCCCCCACCACCUCCCUCCGCCUGGCAGGAGCCCCUCCCUAGCCCCCCUGCCCUGGUCCAGUUCUACCCCCCAGGUCUCACCUCCCAGACCAGUGCCGAGUCCAACCCCUACAUCAGCCUAGACAGCCCCCCUCCCUCUCCACCCGACUACCCUGCCAGCCCACCCUCCCACGCCCGUCUCAAUAAGAGGCGCUACACUUUCUCUCAUCCGCCGCGCUCCUCUGAUACAGACCGGUUCCUGGACGCACUGAGCGAACAGCUGGGUCAGAGGGUCGCCAUUGUAGAUGACUUCCUGUCACCUGAAAACGACUACGAGGAGGAUGUUGUCCAGAUGAGCUUCCCAGAUGAUGAGGAUGAGGACGAGGAUGAGGAGGUGGAGGUGGAUGAUGAAGAUGGAGAUGGUGGUUUCAUAAUACCCCCUGAGCUGAGCAGCCCCAGCGAGUGUCAGGGCAGCAGCGGAGAGGACGCCUCUUCCCUCACCUACUCCUCCUCCUCCGAACACAUACCCCCUCCCCCCAUGACUCCCCCGCCACCUCCGCCCAUCCAAUUCAAUGAUCCUCCUCUACCCCCAAGUUAUACCGCCACCCCUGAACAGUCUCCCAGAAUACAACUGCCUUUCCGCCGCCACCAAGGGCCACCUCCGCCCCCUCCUCCUCGCUCCAACCCACCGCCCAAACGCCAGUCCAUUCACAAAGUGCUUCCCACCCGGGAGGACUUGCUAGCCCACUCUGCAAUGCAGGAACAAAAUGUGUACCAGGAGAAACAAGCUUACCAGGAACAACAAGCUUACCAGGACCAACAAGCUUACCAGGACCAACAAGUGCAACAAGCGUACAAGGAGCGACAAGUGUACCAGGAGCAACGAGCAUUCCAGAAGCAACAAGCGUUUCAGGAACAAAAAGCUUACCAGGAGCAACAAGCACAACAAGCGCACCAGGAGCGACAAGCGUACCAGGAACAACAAGUUUACCAGGAGCAACAAGCACAUCAAGUGCACCAGGAGCGACAAGCGUACCAGGAACAACAAGCUUACCAGGAGCAACAAGCACAUCAAGAACAACAAGCAUUACAGAAGCAUCAAUCAUACCAGGAGCAACAAGCGUACCAGGAGCAAAGUAUUUACCAGGGGCACCAGUCACUGCCUGCCCAGUCCUCGCACAAAGCACACCCUCUGCAGCAGCUUCACCAGUCCCUGCCCCCCCUCCCCUCUCCAGAGGCAACCCACACCCAUCCAGACCUCCCAAACCACCCAGAACCCUCACUCUACCAGAUGCACCAAGCUCAACAACAGACUCGUCGUCAGAGCCGACGUCAGUCUCACUCAGCCACAUCACCUCACAAUCCCCCAGCCCAUUCCCCUGUCCAUCCAGAUCAACAGAGUCAGUACUCGGAGGCAAUCUAUCAGAGUAUUCAUACACAGUCACAUCACUCAUCCAUGGAGCGCCUUCAGCAAGCUCAUCAGGUCCAGCAGCACCACUCCUCCAUGGAGCUCCUUCACCAAGCUCAGCAGGUCCAGCAGCACCACUCCUCCAUGGAGCUCCUUCACCAAGCUCAUCAGGUCCAGCAGCACCACUCCUCCAUGGAGCUCCUUCACCAAGCUCAGCAGGUCCAGCAGCACCACUCCUCCAUGGAGCUCCUUCACCAAGCUCAUCAGGUCCAGCAGCACCACUCCUCCAUGGAGCUCCUUCACCAAGCUCAGCAGGUCCAGCAGCACCACUCCUCCAUGGAGCUCCUUCACCAAGCUCAGCAGGUCCAGCAGCCCCACUCCUCCAUAGAAUUCCUUCACCAAGCUCAACAGGUCCAGCAGCACCACUCCUCCAUGGAAUUCCUUCACCAAGCUCAACAAGACCAGCAGCACCACUCGUCCAUGGAGCUCCUUCACCAAGCUCAUCGGGUCCAGCAGCACCACUCCUCCAUGGAACUUCUUCACCAACCUCACCACUCAUCCACAGAGCUCCUUCACCAAGCUCAUCAGAUCCAGCAGCACCUCUCAUCCACGGAGCUCCUUCACCAAGCUCAUCAGAUCCACCAAGAUCAGCCUGCAUCACUACCCGUACAUCUGGAUCAGGAGAUCCACCAGUCUCUUCAGAGCCAUCAGACUCACCCAUCUUCCCAGGCCAGCCACCAGGGUCAACAGACUCGUCAAUCUCUCAAGUCUCAUCGCACUCACCAGCCAUCCCCCCAGCGUCCCCACUCCAUCCAGCAGACUUACCACCACACUCCCCAGAUCCAGCACAUCCACCACCAGGUCCCUCCCCAGCCCACUCAGCCAGAGCUCCAUCAGAUCCACCUAAUCCACCAGCCCAUCCAGCAGCGCCACCACCCCCAGCCCACCCUGUCCACCUUCCAGCCCCUUCCACCCCACCAGCCCACCCUGUCCACCUUCCAGCCUCUGCCCCAACACCAACCCCACCAAACCCACCAGGUCCACCCCUCCAACCAGGGUCGUCCUCAGUCCCAGCCUUCUCAGCGGCUAUUCAGUCAAUCCCAGUCUCACCACCACUCCCACUCCCACCACCAACCCCAGCCCCAACCUCAGCCCAAUCAGCAUUCCCAGUCCCAGAAUAACUUGGACCAGUUGGGGAAACAGGAGCCCCCUCCUCCUCCGCCCCUGCCCCCUCCUGGAACCCCUCCUCCGCUGCCUUGCCCAGGCCUUCUGAGGAUGGACUCCAAUCAUAUGAGUGUAAAGAGGCUACGCUGGGAACAGGUGGAGAACUCUGAGGGCACCAUCUGGGGACAGUUGGGGGAGGAUUCGGAUUAUGACAAACUGAAUGACAUGGUGAAGUAUCUGGAUCUGGAACUGCACUUUGGGACACAAAAGAACCCCAUUUCUCUUCCAGACCCAGCCCCUCAGUCGGAGACUUUCAAGAAGAAAGACGUAGUUGAGAUUCUGUCCCAUAAGAAGGCCUACAACGCAUCCAUCCUGAUUGCCCACCUGAAGCUGUCCCCGGGUGAACUACGCCAGGUGCUGAUGACCAUGGCCACAGAGCGGCUGGAGCCGACCCACAUCAAGCAGUUGCUGCUGUACGCCCCCGAUGCAGAGGAGGUCAAGCAGUAUGAACAGUACAGCGAGGACCCAGCCAAACUCAGCGAGCCUGACCAGUUUGUACUACAGAUGCUGUCAGUACCAGAGUACAAGACUCGCCUGAGAAGCCUUCACUUUAAAAGCACCCUGCAGGAGAAGACAGAGGAGAUGAGGGUCGGCUACGACUGCAUCUACAACGCCUCCAUGGAGCUCAAGACCAGCAAGAAACUGGCCAAGAUACUGGAGUUUGUGCUGGCGAUGGGGAACUAUCUGAACAACGGUCAGCCUAAGACUGGCAACAAAACCACGGGGUUUAAGAUCAACUUCCUCACUGAGCUCGGCACCACAAAAACAGUGGAUGGGAAAUCUACGUUUCUGCACAUCCUUGUCAAGUCACUGUGUCUUCACUUUCCCAACGUCCUGGAUUUUGCCAAGGACCUCACCACGGUUCCCCUGGCAGCCAAAGUGAACCAAAGGACCAUCACAUCUGACCUGAACGACCUUCACACCACUAUCCAGGACAUCCGAUCUGCCUGCCAGAAAAUGCCUGCUACAGCAGAUGACCGCUUCGCUGCAGUCAUGAGUGGCUUCCUGGAGAACAUCCACCCAGCACUACAGUCUCUGGAGUCCCUGCAGCAGAGGGCCAUGGAGGAGUGGUCCAAGACAGCCUCCUUCUUCGGAGAGGACAGCCAAGCCACCAACACAGAGUCGUUCUUUGGGAUAUUCACUGAGUUCCUCGCCAAGUUUGAGAGAGCUCUUAGUGAGAACCAGACCAAUGAGAACCCUCCUAGGAGUCCCAGGAGCCCAAGAAUGGCCUCACCCCUGGCCUGGUGAUCAGAGAGACAGGAAGAAGGGUUGGCAGGCUGGCAUACAGGCAGGCAGGCAGGCAUACAGGCAGGCACACACACACUCUCUAUCUCUCGCUCACACACACACGGACAGGAGCGGAUGCGAAUAUCCGCAUACAUGCACAAACACAAACACACAAACGCACUUAUAGUAUUUCAAUUUUUGUAAUACAAGAAAUGUAUAUUGUGGGAAUUAGGUUGUCUGCAUAGUUGAGCAUACAGGGCUUUAAUACGUGACAGUGUAGUUUGAAUGUCCAGCUAGUUUAACACCUCAAACUUUGUAUAUUUCAUGGCUAUAGAGUGUUCCUCUGGAACAGACAAAUUAAGCUAUACUGGAUCAAUGGUUUUGCUUUUUAUAUAUUUGUAAAUAGAAAUGUUAUACCAUUUAUAGAAAUGCAAAGACUCAUGAAAUGGACUAGGAAAGAGACUGACAUCAGUAACUAUGUGAACCCAGCUGUCUGAUAUACUGUAUGUGAAUGUAUGAUACAAUUAUAGGCUAGAAAGAUUAAGUCUACAGAACAUGAUCAGCAAUGGUAAACAGACUACUGGAUCGUUUUGAGAGACAUACCGAUUUAAACUAUUAUUGCUAAAAACAUGUAUUUGAUACUUCAGCAGUUAAAAGAGAUGACAAUGUCUGUGUCAAUGAUUUGAGAAUUAAAUGUGUAUUAUAUAUUGUACCACUAAAAUAUAACUGUAAUGAUAUAUGUAAUACAGGAUAUACAUAUUUAAGUAGUCAAUUAUGAAAUGCUUUCCAAUAAUUUACAUUUUUUAAAUGAUUUACCUGUUCCAUAUUUUUGUAAGCCACCCACCACACUGAAUGUAUUUACAAGUUAUUCAUUUUGAAUGAAGUGUGUCUUGUACCAUAUCCAGUGGAUACUCAUUACUACAAAUGAAAAGGAAUGUUAUGAAAAUGAAAACACAUUGUGCUGUUAACUAUCUGUUCCUCUCCGUCUCUGAUUGUGUUGAUACUGACCUGCUGUAAACGGGCAGUGUUCUAUUAUGAACAGUAGGAGGAUUUGGUACAUUUUCAUGAUCAUUUCUGCAUACUGCACCUUCACUUUAACCUCUAGAAUUCAAUGAGGGGACACACUACUUUCUUCAAGCACAUUACUUAAAGGGAUAGUUCACACAAAUGAGAAAAAUUACAUUUUGGUUUCCUUACCCUGUAAGCAGUCUAUGGCCAAGGUACGACGGCAAUCCAAGCGUUGGUUACGUUUCCCUGGCACUGUUCCCUGGCACUGUUCCCUGGCACUGUUCCCUGGUACUGUUCCCUGGCACUGUUCCCUGGCACUGUUCCCUGGCACUGUUCCCUGGCACUGUUCCCUGGCACUGUUCCCUGGUACUGUUCCCUGGCACUGUUCCCUGGCACUGUUCCCUGGUACUGUUCCCUGGCACUGUUCCCUGGCACUGUUCCCUGGCACUGUUCCCUGGCACUGUUCCCUGGCACUGUUCCCUGGCACUGUUCCCUGGCACUGUUCCCUGGCACUGUUCCCUGGCACUGUUCCCUGGCACUGUUCCCUGGCACUGUUCCCUGGCACUGUUCCCUGGCACUGUUCCCUGGCACUGUUCCCUGGUACUGUUCCCUGGCACUGUUCCCUGGCACUGUUCCCACAUUCUAAUGUUUUAGGAUUUGUGACUCAAAUCCCAUUCAAGUCAUGUGACCGAUAUUAGCAUUUUUCAUGCAUCAUGUCUAAAUAAUCCAAAAGUAUCUUAAAUUGAUUGUGAAGCUCAACAAAGUCACUUAUACAGUAGAUGAUAUGAACAUGAUGCGUGAAAAUUAUAACAUCAGUCCUGUGACUUGAAUGGGAUUUGUGCCACAAAUGCUAAAAUGUUAGUAGUGUCAGGGAAACUAAACUAAAGUAUGGAUUGCUGUCAUACUUUGCCCAUAGACUGCUUGUAGGGUAAGGAAACCAAUAUGUAAUUUUGUAAUAUGGCUGAACCAUCCCUUAAACAGUAACUCUAGGGACUUUAAUGUCAUAGGAUGUUAAUACUUAACUUCAUCAAACCUUGUUUUAACAUAUCUUUGUCAUUUUACAUAUUCAAUUAAAGCAACACUGGUCUCCAGCUUUUUAGACAUUCGUUACAUGAGAGAAAUAGGACAUUCUUUAGAACUAAUGUGGAUCAUUUUAAAUGAAUAAGAUAAGGCAGAUGUAAGAAGACGUGCUUAUAAUGUUAUUCAGAACAUGUCGAUAAGUUAUUGCCAUCAUUUGUUUUCUAACGGUAUGAUCUUAAUGUCUGACUUUGUCGUCUGGAUAGCUAUACAUAUUCAGCAAUGUGUUCUGGAAGUUGUUGCUCUCGGAUAAGUCUAUGUUUUGUAUUGUAACAGCCAACGCUGACAAAUAAAAAGCCUGGUAUAAGAACAUUA